AUGAAGCUGAUCAAGGCUUUUGUCAGAGUCGACAAGAUUGACGACGUGCUCGGAGGCUUGGAGCUGGCCGGUGCGCCCGGCGCCACGGUGUCGCGGGUUCACGGUGUUGGUUACGGCUACCGACGGCACCUUGGAGGCCUCGCCCCGAACGAUCUUUCGAAGACCGAAGAUGCCUUCAAAGUCGAGGUCGUCUGUCGCGCAGAGCAGGUCGCUGACCUUCUGGACGCCGUGGUGACCCGUGCGAGGACCGGCUUCGCCGGCGACGGCAUCGUCUUCGUCACCCACGUCGAGCAAGUCCUGAAGAUCCGAGAUGGCAAGGAAGGUCGAGAAGCCCUUUGA